UGCAUUUACUCUUAUUUUUGUUUCAUAAAAUGCAGGAUUUACCGUAGAAAUGCAGAUUUUACCGUAGAUUAACUUAUUUCAUUUUUAUGUUGGUAGUAACAAAAUCACUAGCAGCGCCAUCUCCUUUCACCGCAACAUCUGCAAAGAUGGCACCGACAGCGAAGGCUGCAAAGCAAGAAAAGAAGCCGGACGAUAAGAAAAAAUCGUCCAAACCUCGUAAUUACGACCUAGGCAAUGGCGUAAUGCGAUUUUCCCGCACCCGCAUGUACCACAAGAAAGCCCUUUACAAGUUCAUGGGCAAGAAAGUGAAACCUACUAAGAAGCCCGCGAAGCCCACUUUUGUCACUAAGCAAAUUGGGGGUGACAAAAACGGCAAGGAACGCAAAGUUUUUCUUAAAAAACGCCGCAAUUAUUACCCCACUCAGGACAAGAUCCGCAAACACCCGGCAAAGAAGACUUUCAAGCAACAUAAACGCCAUUUGCGUUCGACUCUUCUCCCCGGGACUGUGUGUAUCCUUCUCGCGGGCUCUCACAAGGGCAAAAGGGUCGUGUUUUUGAAACAGUUGCAUUCGGGGCUGUUGCUGGUGACGGGCCCAAUGAAGAUCAACUCGUGUCCCUUGAGACGGAUCAGUCAGAGAUAUGUCAUAGCCACGCAGACGAAAAUUGAUAUCAGCAAUGUGAAAAUCCCCGAAAAUAUCAAUGACGAGUAUUUCCGGCGCCAGAGGGAGAAGAGGGCCAAGAAGGAGGAAGGGGACAUCUUCCAGGCCAAGAAGGAAGCGUACAAAGUGAGCGAUCAGAGAAAAGCUGAUCAAAAAGUAGUCGACAAGCAAAUUUUUGAAGCUAUUAAGAAGCACCCUGAUAGGAAAGUUCUGUUGGCUUACUUGUCGGCUAUGUUCGGGCUGAGGUCAUCGCAGUACCCACACAGAAUGCAGUUCUAGAUUAAGUACCAUGUUUUAUUGAUUUAACUGUAAAAAUAUGACUAUUCAAUAAAAGAUGGUUUUCUA